AAUGUGAACAUUACAGAGCUUCCACAGUCGAUCGGAGAAUUGGAAAGCAUCGUCAUCAUGAGGCUUAACAAAUGUAAACGUCUCUGCAAGCUUCCACCAUCCAUGGGUAAUUUGAGAUCAUUGUACCACCUGAUUAUGGAGGAUACUGCAGUAGCAGAAUUACCAGAAACCUUUGGGAACCUCUCAAAGUUAGUAAGGUUGAAAGUGGGCAAGAAACCGCCUAGCGCGGUUAUUCCUGAGGGCAACACAGAGACAGAGAAUCAAGAUUUGAUUACAGAGGAAACUCCUGGGUCGAUUCUUCCAUCUUCAUUAUCGAAUCUCUCUUGGCUAGAAGAACUGAAUGCCCGUGCUUGGUACAUGCAAGGAAAAGUUCCUGAUGAUUUUGAGAAGUUAGUAUCGCUAGAAACUCUAAAUCUAGGAUACAAUAACUUUACGAGCCUUCCCACAAGCCUCAAGGGACUUUCCGUCCUUAAGAAACUUCUGCUACCGCACUGCAAAGAGCUCAAGUCUCUUCCGCCCCUUCCAUCGAGUUUGGUAGAGGUUAAUAUUGCUGGCUGCGUGGCAAUAGAGACAAUCUCUGACCUGUCUGAAUUGGAGAACUUGGAGGAGCUGAACAUGGCGAAUUGUGAGAAAGUGGUGGAUCUUCCAGGACUCCAGUGCUUGAAAUCCUUGAGAAGGCUAUACCUGACUGGAUGCCGCAUGUGUUCCUCAGUAGUUAAGACAAGAAUUUCGAAGGUUUCUUUGAGGAAUUUACGCGUUCUCAGUAUGCCAGGGAGUGAAAUUCCAGAUUGGCUAAACGAAGAGGAAGUGAGCUACACGGCACGCAAAACUGCAUGCUCAAGGCUGUUCUCAUAGGCGUAGUCGUUUCCAUCACCAGUGACUUCCCAGAAUCUUUGAGAGAUCAUAUUCCCACACUUGUGGAUUUUGAGGCAAAGAUACUCAAAAUGAACACGCCUAUCUUCAACACCACAUUGCCCUUGAAUGGGAUACCGAAAUUAGAUGAAGAUCAGGUUCAUUUGUGCCGGUUCUUGGAUUUUCACCCGCUGGUUUCCAAGUUGAAAGAAGGGUACAAAGUUCAGGUGGCAAAGCGGAACCCACCAUUCAUUCCCGGAAUGCAGCUGAAGAAAUGUGGGGUACGUCUGAUUUUCGAGAGAGACGAUGAAUUUGAUGGAGAUGAGCAGCAACUGGAUGAUGGCUAUCAGUCUUUAUCUGAAAAGCUUGCCCGGUUUUUCAACCGUCUGCAGUAGCCAGUUCACUAUUGUUUGUUAGAUAUAUAUUUAGAUCAGAAAUCCAGAAGAUUAUGAAUAAUCUAUAUAUAUAUGUGUGUGUAUAUAUCUAAAUGUUUAGAGUUAGCCUCUGGAAAAUGGAAACGGAAGACGGUGCCAAAGAUUGAAGAGAAGGGAACGAGCUUGCUCCUGUCAAUUGAAAUUUCACUUCUGGAAAUGUAAUCUGAAAAUACCAGAAGAGCAUCGCUCUCUCCUGUUCUUUCAUUCUGAAGGCUUUUCAAUUUACCUUGGGAGGCUCCAUUUUUAUGUCCA